GGAAAAUGAGAGCAGAUAGAGAGAGGAUGUGAGCGAGCCUGAGAGUGUUUCCUGAAAGGAGGAUAAAAAGAGAGAGAGAGAGAGGAGAGACCCUGGGGUGGGCUGCUGCAAGCGGCGGGCAACACCGAGCCAUGGAGGGCGAUGUGCGUGUUCGUGCAGUGGUGAUGACACGUGAUGACUCCAGUGGCGGUUGGGUGCCCCUUGGAGGUGGCGGCCUCAGUCAUGUGGUCAUAUGUAAAGGGCGGAGUCAAGACGGCAGGGGGCGGAGAGAAUACAUCAUACGUGGAGAGCGGCUGCGAGAUCGAGCACCGGUGUUGGAGUGUGCAGUGCAAAGGGGGUUAGUGUACAACAAGGUGAACCCCAUCUUCCAUCACUGGCGAGUAGAAGAUCGAAAGUUUGGCCUUACGUUCCAGAGUCCUGCCGACGCCAUCUCCUUCGAGAAAGGGCUCCAGACUGUCAUAGACAAGCUGGACAGAGGCUCUGACUCGCCCUCUUCCUCCACACCAGAAGAGGCCGACACCGAGGAUGAUGGACAAGCUUCUCAUACAGGAAGUGAGUCGUCGUCCAACAGCAGAAAGGAGAUGCUUCCCAAACCCCUCACCAUAGUGACGAGCGAGUCGUCGUCUACCUGCUUCGUUCUGUCGGAAGAGUUUAGUUUUGGAUCCAGCCAUGCAGUCACCACUCAGACGCCUGCUCAGAUCCACACCAGGCCGGGACAGCUCUCACAAAUUACGACUGUGUUGAAUCCGCCAUCGCCUCCGCCCCCGCCUCCUGCUCCGCCUACUCCUCCUACGGGUCCCACGGCCUCAUCUCCUCUGUCCCCCCUCUCACCCACCAUCUCUCUGCUGGAGGAGGGAGACCUGCACAGUGUGGACCCUUGCAAAGACCUGUGGGGUUCUCGAGGUUACGAGGACUACCGGCGGGCGGGGGCCACUAGGACUAUGGUCGGGGGGUUGACCGGGGGUGUGGUUGUCAGUGGAGGAGUGAGUGUCCAGGACAAGUCAGAGCUGUGCGUUGUUCGCUUUGAGAAGGAUCUGGCAGGGGUGGGGACGGCGGGCUGCGACGUGACGGUGUCUCUGGACAGUAAAGCUGCCCAGAGGCUGUCCUCGUCGUCGCCCACCUGCAUGUCCAUGCCCAAUGCCGUGUCAGGCGUGUCCUCACCCGCCGGGUCCCCCCAGGAGACCUGCAAAGCCUCCCCCUGCUGCAUCCACACCUCACUUGGCACGCCCCGGUCGCGGACACGUAAGAGAGGAGGAGAAGGGGCCAGUGGUGGUGGUGACCCAGGGGUGAUCUCCCCCGACGACGACAGCCCGUGUCCUCAGGGUUCAUCUUCAUGCUCAUCACGUUGUGUGUACUGCCGCUCUGUUUUCAGCACUUCGGAGAACGGGCGGGGCCGCUGCAGAGACGCCCCGGACCCCGCCCUGCACUGCCUGCGCCAGUGGACCUGUGUGUGGUGCGCAGAGAGUCUGCUCUACCACUGCAUGUCGGACUCUGAGGGGGAGUUCUGGGAGCCUUGCUCGUGUGAAGACUCGCUGGGGGGCCACCCACACCCCCUGUGCUGUGCACGCUGGUUGGCCCUCGUGGCCCUGUCCCUCUUUGUGCCCUGCAUGUGCUGCUACCUGCCUUUGCACGCCUGCCUGCGGUGUGGGGAGAGGUGUGGCUGCUGUGGGGGAAAGCACAAGGCGGUCCGAUGA